AUGUCGCUCCACUCGACGCGCAAUGUCGACAUGGGCAAGCAAGAGUCGGAGUUGGCCAUCAACAUUCGCAAGGCCACGAGUAUCGGAGACCGCUCCCAAGAGUACGCUACCCAGGCCCUCAGCUUCCCGACCCGACUGAACACAACUCCAGGAAAACACGUUCGAGCAUGUAUCGUCUACACAUACGACCACCGCAGUUCGCAAUCCUUCUGGGCUGGCAUGAAGGUGUAA